AUGGCCGAUAACCAAGAAGACAAGACAGAGGAGAACCCGUUAAACAAGAAAUUGGUUAAGUACAAGGAUAGAAAUUUCGCGGAGAAGCUAUGUUACAUAAAGGAGAAUAUAACGGUGGAGCCGCUGUUCGCUGGUCUCAUCAUACCCAGUGUUAUAUCCAGGUUUGCAAUGGGCAAUUUCAAUUUGGACAAAGCGUGCAGAGUUAACUUCGCUUUCGGUGAUGAAAUCUGCACUGCCCUUGUCAAGAAGAACAGCAACAACUUCACGGAGUACGAGAGACAAGUCCAAACUUUGAUAUCCUCUAUCGACAUUUGGAGGAGUGUGAUCAACACAGCGUUGCCAUGUAUAAUCAUCAUGUUCCUGGGAGCUUGGAGCGAUCGAACGGGGAAGAGGAAACUGUGCAUCCUUCUCCCCAUUUUCGGAGAACUAAUGACGUCUAUCAAUAACAUUGUUAACGUGUUCUUCUUUUACGAGAUCCCGGUGGAAAUCACUGUGUUCUUGGAGACUUUCUUUACCGCUGUCACGGGGGGAUGGGUGACCAUGUUUCUUGGUGUUUUCAGUUAUAUCAGUGAUAUAACGUCUGAACAGUCCAGGACUUUUCGAGUGGGCCUCGUCAACUUUUGUAUGACUGUCGGUGUACCUAUAGGUAUCGCUGUGGGAGGGAUUUUAGUCCAACGAAUGGGAUACUAUGGUCUCUUCACUUCGACAAGUAUUCUGUUCAGCUUUGUGCUGAUGUAUGGCUGCUUCUGUUUAAAGGAACCAGAUGACUUUCUUCAAGGCAAAGGUUUACCGAAGAUCGAGAGAACUGGCAGCAAAGAUGUAGCGUUCUUCGACGUAUCUCACGUUGUUGAUACAGUGAAUGUUGCGUUUAGACGACGCUCCUCCAAUUCCAGGGCUAAAGUUAUUCUAACUCUCGUCGCAGUAUUUAUAAUAUAUGGGCCCGCUAUGUCGGAACACGGAGUAUUUUAUUUAUUCGUAAGGAACCAACUCAACUGGGACAUGGUGAAGUACAGCUUUUUCGCAAGCUACUCCAUCAUCCUUCAUUCCAUUGGUGUCAUGUUCUCGAUAACAGUCCUAAGCAAGAAGCUACAACUGGAUGACUCGCUACUAUGUGUUAUAGCUAUGCUGAGCAAAUUCACUGGCGCAGUGUGGACAGCUUUCGUUAAGACGGACAUAGAAAUGAUUCUUAUUCCCAUCAUAGAAUUCUUUUCAUCGGCAAUCAUGACGUCACUGCGGUCGAUCAUAUCGAAACUGGUGGAGAAAGAUGAAACAGCAAAGGUAAACUCUCUCUUCGCACUUACGGAAACACUAGCGUCUCUGGUCUUCCACCCGUUGUACUCCUGGCUCUAUAUGAAAACUUUGAAGGUCCUUCCAGGAGCUGUAUUCCUCACUAGCGCUAGUUUGAUCAUUCCUGCAUCUGUUAUCUUGGUAUACUUCUUCAUACAACAUCGAAAAGCGGUGGGUGCAUCGCGAAAAGUAGCUUUACAGGAACAAGAGAAAAGAGACGCAGAGGCGGAGAAGGUUCCAGAAAAAUCCUAUCUCCCUGAGACCAUCAAGCCUUCAGAGAUGACAGAGAAGACUAAAUUAUAA